AUGCGCGACUUCACCUCUUCGAAUUGGGAUCCGACAGGAUUAACAAUCCAAGCUAAUGCAUAUUAUAAAAUGCUUAUUAGUUGGACAAGCCAGAAGAUUAAAGAUACAUACUCUAAACAUAAUGCUUUUGAUUUUAAGAAUGUUCAAAAAUUUGAAAGGUCUAUGAUAAAUGCUCCUGGUCCUUGUGUUCUUUUCGCGACUCCUGGGAUGAUAAGCGGUGGAUUUUCACUUGAAGUUUUUAAGCAGUGGGCAGUGUCAGAAAAUAACCUUGUCACUUUGCCAGGGUAUUGUGUGGCUGGAACGAUAGGUCAUAAAUUAAUGUCAGAUAAGCGGGCCAAAGUUGAUCUGGAUGCUAAUACAAGAAUAGAUGUGCGAUGCCAGGUAAAUAUUAUUCCCUACCCAAUUACAGGGAGAUAUAUCUAGCAAUUCAUUAUUUUUACGAACUCCAGUUUAAAGAUGCUUCACAUGGCAUGGGUAGAAACAGAGUUAACAGCAUGUACAAGUUGAUAAAUUUGCACGUUGAAAUUAGGAGAAUAAACAUCUUGACUUUCAGAGUAUUACAUUAGUCUAAUUUCCUGAGCUUGGUGUUUGAGAUGAUGAGUAUGCUUCUGACAUGACCUUUUUCAUAUUAAUAUACAACUGAAACCAUAUUUCUUCUU